UGAAUAAAAAUUAUUACUGUGUAUAAUUUGAUUUUCUAUACAGCAUAUCCCAGAAUAAUCAAGAAAUUCGAUAAUUGAUUAAAUUAAAUCUAUCGCAUAAUUCUCGCAAGUAAGAUGAGUAAUAUGUAACGGAUCACAUGGUUGACGCACUUAUCAGAUAUGCUAUCAGGAUUGGCUAUAGUAGGUGUGUAUCUACUGUGACUAAAUAUGUAGUAAUCGCCUGCGCAUAAAAUCAGGGCGGACAUCAUGAUGUUUAACAUUAUUGCAUUGUUGCUUUUAUUUCUGUGCAACCACUGUUGGUGUGAUAUAUGUAUAACCUGUGCAUGCUCUAUCUCAAAUACAGGACCAAUUAUUGAUUGUCAUGACAGACACUUGGGAACUAACGAAGUUCUUACCUUCGAUCUUUUCACCUUCGAUAAGCAUAGACCACUAAACAAACUUAUUCUUUCAAAAAACAAUAUAGUGCUUCUACCUCUAAAUGAAUUAAAACAUCUGAAACACUUGAAAAAAUUGGAUUUGUCUCAAAAUAAACUGGAUAAUAUACAUGCGGACAUCUUCAAGACCUUAAACGAGCUUGAAGAUUUAGAUUAUUCUAGCAAUUCACUCUGGGGCUUCGAUGUUUCCACUCUAAAUACAGCUUCUUUCCUCUCCAAACUUAAUCUGAGUCAUAAUCACAUCAACAAUUUGGAGAAAAACUCUGGAAAUGCAACAACAAAAUUGAAAAUCCUUGAUGUGUCUCGCAACAGUCUCAUUGAUUUGAAUUUCCUUGAUGGUACACCGGCGUUGGAAUAUUUAAAUCUCUCCUUCAAUAAAUUUACCACUCUCUCGGCUAAUCCUUUAGUUAAUAUGCAGCAUCUGAAGAUUCUUCGCGUUAACAAUAAUCAACUUCACUCUCUAAAUUUUCAAAAUCUUCCAUCGUCACUGUUGGAACUACACACGGAGAACAAUCUUAUUAAUACCAUGUCAUUCCAAAGAUCAUCGAUUCAUACCUUAAACAUUCAAAACAAUAAUAUUUCUAACAUACAUAACAAUUUAACAUUACUAGAAGAAUUAAAAAAUUUAAAUAUUAGUAGAAAUUUUUUAUCAGAUUUUCCGGAAAUUUUUCUGAAAAGUUUGGAAAUGCUAGAUGUUUCCUUCAAUGAUUUAACAAUAAUACCUGAAAGCAUUUCUGUGAAAAAUUUUCCGAAUUUAAGAGUUUUUAAAGCCAAUGGAAAUCGUCUGAAAGACAUAAGAAUUUGGUCUGAAUUGAAUUUGGAAUUAUUUGAAGUAAGAUUUAUAGAGACGAUUGAGAAGAUUGACAAAGAAUCAUUUCUAAUGUUAAAGGAGAGAAAAAAUGGUUGUAUUAAUGUAACUAUUUCGAGUAAUACAAAAUUGAGUAUGAUUCAAGAAAAUGUUUUUCAACAUAUGAACAUAUGCUCUCUAGAUUUGAGCAACAAUCAUUUCAUUCACUUGCCAUCAGAGCUAUUUAAUAUAAAAGCUUACAAUAAAAAUGUUUCAAAUUUAAGCUAUCUCAUUAAUCUGCAAGGAAAUCCAUUUAUUUGCAAUUGCUCAUUGCAAUGGAUGUUGAACGAAUUAGUCCCAAAACUUUACGUUAGAAAACUCAGCCUUUUAGAAGAUUUGAGAUGUGCUGGCCCACCGCCAUUAGCCAACAAAAGAAUGAUCCAUUGGUAUAAAUGGAAGGGAGAAGUCUUUUGCAAUGAGUCUUCACAUUUUUCGGAGAGAAUAACCGUUAACGUUGCAAGUGUUUCUAGUAAACAGGUCGUGACAUUCAGUACUGGUCCUGGAAUGAUUGCUGUUUUGGCCACGGCGAUCGCUCUGCUUGCAAUUCUAAUGAUAAUCGGCAUUCUAUUGACUCGAAGAAUGAUGACGAAGAGAAGACGAAUCAAUCGUAGACUUUAAAUUUCUUUAUUCUUAUAAAAACAUGAGGACUGUUUUAUUGGGAAAAAAUAUAAAAGAUAUUUUUUAUUUUCUUAGCACAACUUACAUAAUAUGCAAUUGAUGCAAGUUCUUGCAAAAAUUGCAUAAAUUAGCUGUUAUAAUUUAUAAUCCUUUUUUAAAUUUUUUACUAUAGUACUUAUUGUGUAACAGGAACGGUCUGCAAUCAUAUAUAAUAUACAAUACAAUUUAUAUAAAGAAACAUGUCAAAAAUCUCAUCUUUGUGGAUACAUGCAUACUUUAGUAGUUACAAAAUAAACUUACUUUAAUAA